UUGAGAAACACACUCCAGCAAUAAGAAUGAACCCCCUAAAAAAGAAAAAUAAGAGAGAAAAAAAAAGAAAAAGAAAAACCAAACAACGUCUCAACCCCAGAUUGAACGCCUCAAAACAAUUCGCCCGAUUUCGCUGACACCACGCUCGUCGCCUUCACCAUCAUCGCUUGUUGCUCUCAAUCUCCGCCUAAUACCGAUCUCAUCCGCGUUAGCUCGUCCCCUUCACCGUCAUCGGCUAUCGCGAUCGCGAUCGGAAAUCGCUUGUUGCUCUCAGUCUCCGCCUAAUACCGAUCUCAUCCGCGUUAGCUCGUCCCCUUCACCAUCAUCGGCGAUCGCUCGUUGUUCUCAGUCUGCGCUUAACACCGACCUCAUCUGCCGAUCUUUUGACUGAAAUUUCAAUAGCCUGAUGGCCCUGGGAAGAGCUAAUUUUUUGUCAAUUCCAGUUCUGUGGGGUUUGGUAUUAUACUGUCAGACUGCUUUGGCAGAUGAGUUUCUUGUUGGAGGUCCUGAAGGUUGGACCGAAAACAUUGGUAAUUGGCAUUCUAAUGGAACAACCUUCCAUGCUGGUGAUGUACUUGAGUUUGUAUACGACCCAAGAGAGUACAAUGUGGUUGUCGUAGACAAAAAUGGUUAUGAAACAUGCAAAGCACCAAUAGGUGCUUCCGAAAACAACAGUGGAAAUGAUCAAGUUUAUCUUGAGAAAGGAGCAAACUAUUUUAUUUGCACUAAACGUGGAUGUUGUGAAAAAAACAUGAAAAUAGUGAUCAUUGCGGAGUAGGCAAAUGGGAAGGAACAUGACAAAUCAGGUCAGGACAUGUGGGUUACUUUUUAAUGCUAAUGGUUUCGACUAAAGUUAGUUUCUAUUUUGACUUAUUUUAAGAUGAACAUUUUAAGUUCUUUCUAUGGAGCUCUAUCAUCUAAUUCUGUGAUUUUUUAAAAUUAUUUUGGCAUACUUGAAUUGAUUUGCUCAUAAGACAGGCAAUUUUGUUGUUUGCACUAGAUAUUAUUUGGUACUCGCGUGCAUCAAACAUUUUGUUAGAUGUAUGGUCAUAAUCCAAUUCAACCCCCCUCUCCCGAAAUAUUGAAAUAAAUCGAUGUCCAUCUUCAAUUUGGUUGAAGUUAAGGUUUGCUACA